UGUUAGCUGGGCGUGUGUGUCACGCACGCACGUCAACCCAUAUAUUUGGUUUUGUGGUCAUAGUAACUAUUAGAAAAGAGUCUUGGGCGUUUCGUUCAUGCAGAAAAAUCAAAAUUCUUUCUUUUUUUUAAUCGUAAUAUGUUAAUAAAAGAAGCAAAACCAGCAUACAAGAGGUUGUUCGGAUCGGCAUUAAAGGCUAUUUUUAUCGCCGAGGCUUUAGGUAUUGCUGUGUCAUACGGUGUGUGGUAUAAACUCAAUACAGAGAGAGAUUUUCGUCUGUACAUGUACAAAAAUUGUAACUGGGUGUUGGAAGGGUACUAUCAAUUGGGUGAAAGAAUCGCUGAUCACAAAACAAGAGAACUCGAUCUAAAAGUCUGGACUAACGAAGGGAAAAUUUAAACCUUGGUGAGAUGAGCAUUGCUAUUAGAGCCUCGUUUUGGGUGGUGACCAUUGGCGGCCUCACUUAUGCACUCUUCAAAGUGGUCAAACCUAAUGAUGAGCUGCUUAAAGAGGUCAAUAUACAUACUUUUUUGUUCAGUUUUAGUGGUCACAGAUGUUUAACACUUUAUGGGGCUAUUACUUGUGCAUGUCUAUAAUGUGUGUUACUUUGUGUUUUCAUUUUUAAUUAGCAUUAUACACUUGAGUUUAUCAAUGUGUUUCGAAUAACAUCUAUGUGUGUAAUUAUUCCAAAAUGUAAUUAAAUUUCAUUAACCAUUUACUAGGUUCAUUUAUUUGGGACUCAUCUAGCGGUUGUUUAGAUGUUAAAAUAACUUUUUUUCAUUUUUUUUUUCAGUUUGAUUUGUCAUCCAAACAUACUGAUACUAGAAAGUUUUCUAUUGAAACUAUUAAAGUGCUAAAGGAGGCCGCAAAUCAAGAUUCUGAACUUAACAAAAAGUUAGAAGAGCUCAUUAAAAAAUGAGUGAUAAAAAUACUGUAUUAGAAAGACUAAGCAAGAGAGAUGCACAGAGGCUUGAGAAAUUACAAAAGGCACAUAAAGCACGGGAAGAAGUUGAUGCAUCUGAUGAAAAUGAGGAAUAUUUCUCUGGAGCUUUCAAAAUCAAAUCUGAAUACAUUGAAGAUAUGUUGUCCCAAAUACCUACAAUGGACUCCAAAGUUCUUCCGUCACAUUUCGAUAAUAUCAAAAGAGAAGUCAAUGAAUUACAGAAGUAUGUCAUUACAUCAUCAUUUUUCUUAAAAGAAUUCAAUAUGCGUAAAUACUUGGGCAUUGUACAAAAUUUGCAGACAAAAUGUUAUGAGCUAGAAGAUAGAUAUGUCCCUCGCAAGAAGUUUGGAUUUACAAAAAAGAAACUUUUGAAAUCAAACACUGAAAAACAAAGUUCGUUUGACGAGAAUGACACAGCUGGUAAAGCAGACAGUAACAAAUGGGAUGAGAAGCUGUUUGGUUUCGAUUCAUUAGAAAACAAGGUUUUAUCACUUGAUAGUGAUGACUUGUUUCAAAGAGAUGUCACUUUACGUAACUUGAAGAAUUGCACAAUUGCCCUAAAGGGUGUGAUGGGCACAUUACAUAUGACCAAUUUAGACAAUUGCAUAAUCCUUUGUGGUCCUGUCACUUCUUCUGUAUUUGUUGAGAAAUGUACGAACUCCAAAAUUGUCACUGCUUGUCAACAACUUCGUAUGCAUACCUCAUCCAAAUGUGAUAUUUAUUUACAUGUAACAAGCAAAGGAAUAGUUGAAGAUUGCUCAGAAAUAAGAACGGCGCCAUAUAAUUUAUAUUAUGAAGACUUGGAUAAACAUUUCAAUAUGUCAUCUUUAGACAGAAACAUUAAUAACUGGGAUCGUUUGGAUGAUUUUAACUGGUUAGCUCCAGAUAUUCCAUCGCCUAAUUGGUCAGUUUUAGAUACAGCAAAAAGGGUUAACAAUUGGGAUGAGUGGUGGUCAAAAAGCCCAUUGCCAUGCAACGGAUGAUUUGAUAUAGGUCUUAUUCAUUUAACAAUAUAAAAUAAUCAAUUUACUCACUCUAUAAAUUUCCCACAAUUUAACAAAUUUUAAGUUAAUUACAUUUCCUUUGCAAAGUAUGAAAGAACAAUAAAUAACACUAGUUCCUAAAGAUUUUGUAUCAUAGAAAUAUAUGUAAAAAUUGAUAAUGUCAGCCCCAAGUAUAAUUUUCAUAGUAUCUUAUUUAUGAAUGUUGCUUUAUGAGAUGCCUCUAAGACUCACAGAUGUAAUUUAUUAAUUGCUUAGUUAACCUAAUACAUAUAUCUAGUAGCAUUAGCAUUUAUUACAUUGUAUAAAUUGUUGCAAUAAUAAAUACUGAACAAAACAACUU